CCAAUUGAAAUCGUUCCAAAAAAAUAUUACACGAUCGCAAUUUGUUCGAUAUUGUCUGUUGCGAUGGGCAUUCUCGACGAGGAAUUAAACAGGUGCGGGGUCUACGGAUACGUGGUGUUUACGAAUGAGUAUAAUACUUUGAAAACGUGCCCAAAGCCAUUCUUCAUCAUGCCCGCAGGAUUGUUGGGGGGAAAGUAUGAGUUGUUCGCUUGCAUGAUGCAAUUGAAUGCGUCUAUCCCAAGUGCCCAGCAAAGAGGAUCAACUACACCACCAAAGGAAGAGAUGCAAAUGCAGCUGCAACGUCGUUCUGCCUGGAGCAUCAGUCAUUUUGCUACUGGGCGCCAACACCUUCUCCUUUUAUUAAUGCCGAAUCAGAUAAGGUAUAGCCUUGCAACAAAUCUUUUUACAGUCAUCACCAGACUUGGUCCUCCACGAUUCCAUUCGUGA